AUGUGCAGUCUGCAGUUGCAUGGUGUGUGUGUGUGUGUGUGUGUGUGUGUGUGUGUGUGUAAUGUUUGUGUCUCUGUUGUGUCUAGCAGUACCAGGACAGUAACAUGCAGAACGUGGUGGAUGGUGUGUGUGUGUGUGUGUGUGUGUGUGUGUGUGUGUGUGUGUGUGUGUGUGUAAUGUUUGUGUUUCUCUUGUGUCUAGCAGUACCAGGACAGUAACAUGCAGAACGUGGUGGAUGGUGUGUGUGUGUGUGUGUGUGUGUGUGUGUGUGUGUGUGUGUGUGUGUGUGUGUGUGUAAUGUGUGUGUUUUCUUGUGUCUAGCAGUACCAGGACAGUAACAUGCAGAACGUGGUGGAUGGUGUGUGUGUGUGUGUGUGUGUGUGGUGUGUGUGUGUGUGUGUGUGUGUGUGUGUGUGUGUGUGUGUGUGUGUAAUGUUUGUGUUUCUCUUGUGUCUAGCAGUACCAGGACAGUAACAUGCAGAAACGUGGUGGAUGGUGUGUGUGUGUGUGUGUGUGUGUGUGUGUGUGUGUGUGUGUGUGUGUGUGGUGUGUGUAAUGUUUGUGUUUCUCUUGUGUCUAGCAGUACCAGGACAGUAACAUGCAGAACGUGGUGGAUGGUGUGUGUGUGUGUGUGUGUGUGUGUGUGUGUGUGUGUGUGUGUGUGUGUGUGUGUGUGUAAUGUGUGUGUUUCUCUUGUGUCUAGCAGUACCAGGACAGUAACAUGCAGAACGUGGUGGAUGGUGUGUGUGUGUGUGUGUGGUGUGUGUGUGUGUGUGUGUGUGUGUGUGUAAUGUUUGUGUUUCUCUUGUGUCUAGCAGUACCAGGACAGUAACAUGCAGAACGUGGUGGAUGGUGUGUGUGUGUGUGUGUGUAAUGUUUGUGUUUCUCUUGUGUCUAGCAGUACCAGGACAGUAACAUGCAGAACGUGGUGGAUGGUGUGUGUGUGUGUGUGUGUGUGUGUGUGUGUGUGUGUGUGUGUGUGUGUGUGUGUGUGUGUGUGUGUGUGUGUAAUGUUUGUGUUUCUCUUGUGUCUAGCAGUACCAGGACAGUAACAUGCAGAACGUGGUGGAUGGUGUGUGUGUGUGUGUGUGUGUGUGUGUGUAUCUAGCAGUACCAGGACAGUAACAUGCAGAACGUGGUGGAUGGUGUGUGUGUGUGUGUGUGUGUGUGUGUGUGUGUAUCUAGCAGUACCAGGACAGUAACAUGCAGAACGUGGUGGAUGGUGUGUGUGUGUGUGUGUGUGUGUGUGUGUGUGUGUGUGUGUGUGUGUGUGUGUCUAGCAGUACCAGGACAGUAACAUGCAGAACGUGGUGGAUGGUGUGUGUGUGUGUGUGUGUGUGUGUGUGUGUGUGUGUGUGUCUAGCAGUACCAGGACAGUAACAUGCAGAACGUGGUGGAUGGUGUGUGUGUGUGUGUGUGUGUGUGUGUAAUGUGUGUGUCUCUGUUGUGUCUAGCAGUACCAGGACAGUAACAUGCAGAACGUGGUGGAUGGUGUGUGUGUGUGUGUGUGUGUGUCUAGCAGUACCAGGACAGUAACAUGCAGAACGUGGUGGAUGGUGUGUGUGUGUGUGUGUGUCUAGCAGUACCAGGACAGUAACAUGCAGAACGUGGUGGAUGUUUCUCUUGUGUCUAGCAGUACCAGGACAGUAACAUGCAGAACGUGGUGGAUGACCUCACCAGUUAUCUGGAACAUCGUCUGGACCCUGGGGGAGACAACAAGCUGCUGCUAUAUGACUUGUGCACCGUCAUCAAAACAGGUGGGUAACACACACACACACUCACACUCUCACACUCACACACUCACCAACAACACUCACACUCCACACACUCAACACACACACACCUCACCUCACACACUCACACACUCACACACCACCACACACAACACACACAACUCACACACACACCACAAACACUAACACACACACCACACACACACAUACACCAACACAAACACACAACCACAACACUCACACUCACCACACACACACAAAAACACAAAGCACACACACUCACACUCACACACUCAACACACAACUACACCACACCCCACCACUCACACCACACACACACACUCACAACACACACCACACACACACAUUACACACACACACACACUCACACUCACACACACCACCACACACCACAGCACGUCACACUCACCACCACACACACCAUCACACACACCACACACACUCACACAAACACACACUCACACUCACACACUCACACACUCAGCACACUCACACACUUCACACCACUCCACCACACCACACUCACCACACACACUCACACUCACACUGAACACAAACACACAAACAAUCACACUCACACUCACACUAACACGCACACACACACACAACUCAUCACCACUCCACACUCAACACACACACACACACACACACUUCACACACUCACACUAAGCACACACAACUCACACACUCACACUCACACACUCACACACCACACUCACACACACACACACACACACACUCACACAUCACACAGCACACUCACCACUCACAACACACACUACACCACUCACACCACACACACUCACACUCCACACACUCACACACUCACACCUACACAAACAUCACACACACACACAGCAACACUCACACUCACACUCACACUCACACUCACACUCACACAACACACACUCACACUCAUACAACACCACACACACCACACACACACACCACACCCACACACACACAGCACCACACACACCACUCACACACACACACACACACACACACACACUCACACACACACACACAGCACACACACACACACUACCGUUCAAAAGUUUGGGGUCACUUAGAAAUGUCCUUGUUGUUGAAAGAAAAGCAAUUUUUUUCGCCCCAUUAAAAGAACAUCAAAUUGAUCAGAAAUACAGUGUAGGCAUUGUUCAUGUUGUAAAUGGCUAUUGUAGCUGGAAACGGCUGAUUUUUUUAUGGAAUAUCUACAUAGGCGUACAGAGGCCCAUUAUCAGCAACCAUCAGUCCUGUGUUCCAAUGGCACGUUGUGUUUGCUAAUCCAAGUUUAGCAUUUUAAAAUGCUAAUUGAUCGUUAGAAAACCCUUUUGCAAUUAUUAGCCUGGUCCCAGAUCUGUUUGUCAUCUUUCUAACUCCAAUGGUCUUUUUUUUUUUGACAGCAACCAUAGGAGUUGGCUAGAUAGCCUGGUCCCAGAUCCAGUUUGGUUUUGUGCUGUAAUAGUCAUUGUUCACCAUAGGAGUUGACUAGACGGCACAAACAGAUCUGGGACCAGGCUAAGCUGACACUAACCAUACUGUAUAUUAUAUAAUUAUCAGUCUGCUCCCAUAGCUACCCUUCAAUCGCUCUUCAGUCCCUUCCCUUCCCAUACCAUUGGUCAUUUGGUUUGGUUGAUGACCCAUAUUUCACAUAGCUUAGAAGUCUACUGGGACCAUGGUGUCUGCUGUGUGUGUCUGACCAAGUGUUCCUGUCUGUGGCAGAGCUGUGUGUGUUGUGUGUUGUGUGUGUGUGUGUGUGUGUGUGUGUGUGUGUGUGUGCAGGCAGGCGUACGUGCGGGUAGAAGACUGUGACAUUGCCGCAGUGCCCUGAUGAGGCGUGGGAGGAUCGGAUGUGACAGGCUGUGCACUGCUCGCCCUGCGCUCCGCCACACAUAACACACACCGUACACAACGCACACACCGUACACAACGCACACACCGUACACAACGCACACACCGUACACCAACCGUAACAACCACACCGUACCAACGCACACACCGUACCACAACACCCACAACCGACACAACGCCACACCGUACACAACACACACACCGUACACAACACACACACCGUACACAACGCACACACCGUACACAACGCACACACCGUACACAACACACACACCGUACACAACGCACACACCGUACACAACACACACACCGUACACAACGCACACACCGUACACAACACACACACCGUACACAACACACACACCGUACACAACGCACACACCGUACACAACGCACACACCGUACACAACGCACACACCGUACACAACACACACACCGUACACAACGCACACACCGUACACAACACACACACCGUACACAACGCACACACAGCAGAUACUGUACACAACACCAUCUGUGUAACUACAGAUUGUAACUUUUUUCUUAUCUCCUUGUCUUUAAUCAGCCACGAAAGCAGAUGGAUUUGCACUUUACUUCAUGGGAGAAUGCAACAAUGUGAGUGAACCACAUACAAUAUCUUCUGGCGAUGAGCACAGAUCAACUACUCUGAGCUCCGCUGAUAUAGUCUAGUGAGUGAUGAGUGUUAAAAGCCCCAAUCCUUAAUUAAUGAAGAAUGUACAAUGUACUGUAUAUCCUCAAGAGUAAAUGUGUGUAAAUCAUUCAUUGAAAUAAUAGUAAAUAUUGCAGAUUGCACCUUUAAGUGAGUCAUUGAGUGUAUCCCGUAUCUCGUCUCAGAGUUUGUGUUAGUUCAUCUGUUAAUGACUAACACGAUGAAGUGCAUAGUAAGUGACUGAUUGAGUGUAUCCCAUGUUUAUCUCUCUCCAUCUCUGGUCCCUCCUGAUUGAGUGUAUCCCAUGUGCAUCUCUCUCCAUCUCUGGUCCCUCCUGAUUGAGUGUAUCCCAUGUGCAUCUCUCUCUCUCUCUCUCUCUCUCUCUCUCUCUCUCUCUCUCUCUCUCUCUCUCUCUCUCUCUCUCUCUCUCUCUCUCUCUCUCUCUCUCUCUCUCUCUCUCUCUCGUCAGAGUGUGUGUUUGUUUAAACCGACGGGGACUAAGGACGGUCUUCUCAUCCCAGCUGGCCCCAUCAUGUUUGGGACCACCAUCGCCGCACACGUCGCCACAACACGCAAAACACUGCUAGUGGAGGACAUCACAGGGGUGAGAUUCAGCAUAUUAUAAAUAUACUUAACUAUAACCCAAAACACUGCUAGUGGAGGACAUCACAGGGGUGAGAUUCAGCAUAUUAUAAAUAUACUUAACUAUAACCCAAAACACUGCUAGGGGAGGACAUCACAGGGGUGAGAUUCAGCAUAUUAUAAAUAUACCUAACCCUAACCCAAAAACCCUAACCCUAAUGCAGGAUAAAUCAAACUUCCCAAAGUAUUUGGUUAUAUUUCAAAUGCUUUGACCUCAUAACACCUGACUGGGUGUGCAGGAUAUUCAGGGAUUCCGACUCAGGGAUUCCGACUCAGGGAUUCCGACUCAGGGAUUCCGACUCAGGGAUUCCGACUCAGGGAUUCAUGUUCACUCUGUCCUUUGCCUUCUCUUCCUCAUUACCUUUAACACCUGCCCCCUAACCUCUGACCUUUAGAGUCUAAUCUCGCUCUCUCUCUCUCCAGGACCAGCGUUUCCCAGAAGGCACAGGACAGGACUCAGACUCAGGGAUUCAUGUUCACUCUGUCCUGUGCCUGCCCAUCCUCACUGCCAUCGGUGACCUCAUAGCUAUCCUGGAGCUGCAUCGGCACUGUGGCCACGAGCCCUUCAAUACCAGCAACCAGGAGGUACAAGCACACAAACACGCACAGACACACAAACACGCACAGACACACAAACACGCACAGACACACAAACACGAACCUGUAGUGGAACAGGUUGAGAGCUUCAAGUUCCUUGGUGUCCACGUCACCAACAAACUAUCAUGGUCCAAACGCACCAAGACAGUCGUGAAGAGGGCACGACAAAGCCUAUUCCCCCUCAGGAGACUGAAAAGAUUUGGCAUGGGUCCUCAGAUCCUCAACAAGUUCUACAGCUGCACCAUCGAGGGCAUCUUGACUGGUUGCAUCACCGCCUGGUAUGGCAACUGCUCGGCCUCCAGAGGGUAGUGCGUACGGCCCAGUACAUCACUGGUGCCAAGCUUCCUGCCAUCCAGGACCUCUAUACCAGGCGGUGUCAGAGGAAGCCACCCUAGUCAUAGACUGUUCUCUCUGCUACCGCACGGCAAGCGGUACCGGAGCACCAAGUCUAGGUCCAAAAGGCUUCUAAACAGCUUCUACCCCCAAGCCAUAAGACUCCUGAACAGCUAAUCAUGGCUGCCCAGACUAUUUGCAUUGUCCCCCCACCCCACCACACCCCACCACCCCACCCCACCCCCCCUUUUUUUUACGCUUCUGCUACUCUCUGUUUAUUAUCUAUGCAUAGUCACUUUAACUCUAUCCACAUGUACAUAUUACCUAAAUUGACUCUGUACCAGUACCCCCUGUAUAUAGCCUCCCUACUGUUAUUUUAUUUUACUGCUGCUCUUUAAUUAUUUGUUAUUUAAAUGUUUAACUUAUCUAUUUCUUUACUUAACACUUAUUUUUCUUUAAACUGCAUUGUUGGUUAAGGGCUUGUAAGUAUGCAAGUAAGUAAGGGCUACACCUGUUGUAUUCGGCGCGUGUGGCAGUUUGAUUUGAUUGGAUUUGAACACACGCUGGCAUGCACGCACAGACACACACACACACACACACCAAGCCUGUCUGUGUAAAUGGAGCAUUUGACUGUCGAGGGCUAAGCAACGACUUCCUGUAGUAGCUCCAUUAGGACUUCAUAAGGAGAGCAGCAGCCAGACCCCGAGGAACCAGCCCAAGGUUUUGGAACUCUGAUAUUAGCUGCUAACGAGCCAAUCAUAGACAUGUAGACAUGUAUAGAUGACAGGCACUGAGGGGUUAGCUAUUAGAUUACCCAGCGGGACAAGAUGGUUGUAAUGACGUGAUAAGAACGUCAAUGUAUUCUCGUUGUAAUGACGUCUUUUCAACCAGUUUUGCCUACUGGGAUAUUACGUACCAGGCAUUAUUGGAGAGGGCAUUAGGUUGGAUAAACACACAGGAUGAGGAAACGCGUGGAAUACUGAGAAUACUCAUUAUAUGAUGAAUGCUAUCCAUAUUCAUAUGAUAGUCCAGUUUAUGUGUAUAUUAAUGAAUAUCCCUACUGUCAAAUAUAAAAACAUGUUACCCAACAUUUCUAGAACAUGGAACUGUUAUUUUUUUAAAUAAAAAAAAAUAUAUGCUAAAUGUUUGUGAUGCUAUGUUUUUUAAUCUAUCUGCCCAGAUGAAAUCUGGCACAUAUACAGAAAUGUUAAUUGAUGUGCAUUGUCCCCUUUUUUUUUUAAAGGUCGCAACGGCGAGUUUAGCAUGGGCAUCUGUAGCUAUUCACCAAGUACA